GCAGCUUUUGGGACUCCUCUUACUAAACUUUUAGAACAAUCCAUUUCCCAAAGAGUGUGGGAGGGAGACAGACAGAAGUGGAUGGCCCGAGACCUGGAUUCACAGCUUUAAAAGCAGGAGCGGGAUUUGGAGUUUGGGAUAAUUCUGCCCUUGGCCUGGAGAGUGAGGUGGAAUAUAACAGACUUUCUCUGGAAGUUUUCACUCACUGGGGAAAAAAGACAAGGAGUAUUAACAGGGUGAGCUGUGGUUCAGGGGGUCCAGAUGGCAGGCAUGAGGGGCCCGGCCUGCACUGGAGUCUGGCUCUAGAGUCCACAGGGGCUCCCACUUCAACUGGACACAUUCCACAGGACGUGUGCCCAUGAGGUCGUUACCACUGGUCCUGCUCCUCCUGAUAGGCGUCCAGGCUGUACUGAACAUGGGAGAUGGAUUGGCCCGGAGCACCGGGGCAGCCAACCACAAAGUAGGACAGCAGACGGUAGCCAAUCAAAGAGCAGGACAGCAGCAGACAGCAGCAGCAGACCAGCUCUCUGGACAUUAUUUUUCACAGGAGAAUCAUAGGACCAGCCACCACAGGACCAAGAGGCCUCAUCGGGCAGCUUCACACUCCCAGGAUAUGAGCCCUAUCGUCAGGCACACCACAUCGGAUUCCACCCCUGACCCCUCCAUCCCAGUGGUGGACCCCAAGCUCUUUUCCAAGAGACGUUACCGUUCCUCACCCCGUGUUGUCUUCAGUGAGGUACCCCCAUCGCACGAUGCCCUGGAAGGCGAGGGCUAUGACAUUGAAGGGGUGACAGGGGUGAGGGUAAGGCGUAGAGCAGGAUCACACUCCAUGCACAGGGGAGAGUAUUCAGUAUGUGACAGCAUAAAUACCUGGGUGGGCAACCUGACACGGGCUACUGACAUAGCCGGGAAUGAGGUGACAGUGCUGCCCACCGUUACAAUCAACAAUGUGGUGAAGAAACAGUUCUUCUAUGAGACCACCUGCCGAUCCCCCACUCACAGGGGCUCCGGGACUGCAAACGGGGGAAGGCCAGGGGGACGGGGUGGCAAACAGGGCUCCAAAUCAGGCAACUCAGGCUGUCUCGGCAUCGACAGUCGCCACUGGAACUCCUACUGUACCAACACACACAUAUUCGUAAGCGCCCUCACCAUCUUCAAGGAACGGACAGCCUGGCGUUUCAUCCGCAUCAACGCUGCAUGUGUGUGUGUUCUCAGCCGGAAGUCUUGGGCAGGACGACUGGGACACUGACAGAGGACAACGACUCCUGACCACUGACCUUUGAACCAAGCACACACAUUUCUCCUAAACAGCCACUGCAGCUUUAUUGCCAAUACUGUAAUCCUCUUUCCCACCUCUACACAUACAUUCACCAACACACACACACUGACCAUAGCACUCAAUCCCCAUACACAAAGACAUAUACACAAACAGCUUCAUCUAUCCAACCCCUUGGCCCCUGACCCUACCUCAGUCUGAGAAGUCCUGGUUGUUUUAAGUUAUGAGGACUGCAUGUCAUAUUUAUGGUUUAUACAGUCAAAUAUGAAAAUAUAUACAGUAUAUGUAUAUAUACUAAAUGAAUUCAAGCUUUUAAUGUUGUUAUUGAUGUUGUGUUGUUCAUGCUGUUAUUUAUUAAACACCUCAGUACUUGCCUGGUUUGUUGUGUCAGUUAUAAUGUUGAUUUUCACAUUUUAGCUUUAAAGCAGCUCCUAUCAAUCUUUGUAUGUUAACAAUAGAGGAAAAGACUUUGGAACAGGGUCAUUUGUAGUAAUGAACUUUCCUCAGUUUUAAGGAGCUUUUUAAAACAUUUGUCAGCAA